CCUGUGGCCUCAGUUCAGCUCUCCCCUCUCUCACGGCGGCGGCACCCUGCAGUCAUGCUCAGUCUCAUCAAAUUUCCACGAGUCUUCAGCAUCAAUCAGGUGCCCAAAGUUUUCCAUGAGGACAGCAUCAUUUCUGGGUACCGGCACCCCAGGAGCUCCGCCACCGACUGCAUCCUCAGCCUCUUCCAGAUGACCAAUGAGACGCUAAACAUCUGGACUCACUUUCUACCCACCUGGUACUUUCUGUGGAAACUGGUGACGGUGGUGCUGAUGCAGCAGGGAUGGCAGGACUCCUUCACCUGGCCUCUGAUGGUCUUCCUCCUCUCCUGCUGCAUUUAUCCGUUGGCGUCCAGCUGUGCUCACACCUUCAGCACCAUGUCUCCGCGGGCGCGCCACAUCUGCUUCUUCUUUGAUUACGGGGCGCUCAGUUUCUACAGCCUGGGGACUGCAGUCGUUUAUUCAUUUUACGCGUUCCCCGACAAGUGGGUGAACAGCUCCUUUCAUCAGUGGUACAUCCCCGUCGCCAUGGCCAACACGCUCAUCUGCACCGUCCUGGCCUGCUACUCCAGGCUUGGCUUUCCCUUCCUGCAAUAUAACCGUGACUUGAAAAGAUUACCUGGGAGUCCAAGUUUCAGCAAAUUCUUUCGCAUCCUUGCCUUCGCCUACCCCUACCUGUUUGACAACAUUCCUCUCUUCUACAGGGUGUUUCUGUGCACGGGGGACGGCUGCACUGACAACGACACCAACAUCCUCCACUACAAACACAUCGCCUUGGCUGUCCUCACUGGCUUCCUGUUUGCCACCCGCUUACCUGAGCGCCUGGCACCCGGCAGCUUCGACUACAUAGGUCACAGCCACCAGCUCUUCCAUGUGUGCGGCAUCCUCGGCACCCACUUCCAAAUGCUGGCCGUAGAGCAGGACAUGGUGACGCGACGCCCCUGGCUCACCGCUAACUCCGUGCCCGUCUCGUUUGCCAACUCUCUGGGCCCAGCACUGCUUUGCGUGGUGGUGAAUUUGAUCCUCAUCUGCCUCUUUAGUCUGCCUCUCCUUUCUGGCCCGGCGUGGCAGAAAAGCAAACAGGGAAAAAAUAAAAAGAAACUCUGCUCCUGCUACUAAAUCUUAACCCAGGUUUUUAAAGAUGAGUGAAAAGAAUAGGGGGGUAAAGAGAAACGGUAUACAAGCAUUCAGCUGUGAUAGCUGCUGUUAAAGUAUUCAAGAGCUGAGCUGAAGAUCUAGGGACGAGUUGCACAAUACGCUUAGACACAAUGAACAUUUUAAUGAAACUGGUUCUUGUAUAGAGCAGCUGGUUUGCUGUAUUAUGCAUCGGUGCUUCAUAUGUUUGUACAGAGGUGUGUGUGUGUGUGUGUUUUUUUUUUUUACUGUGUUCUCUGAGUGUCAUACAUGUGGUGAAUGAAGAGACUACAGGGAACAAAAAUGAUGUCAAGUUCAAAAUUCACUUUUUUAAUUUAGAAUUUACAGGCUGAGAUUGUCGCUUUAACCCUCCUGUUAUGUUCGUCUCUAGGGUGCAGCAAAAAUGUCCGUGGGUCAGUUUGACCCGGGGAGUGUUUAAUCAUGCAAUAGCGUCAGAAACCAAAAAGUUCCUCCAAAACAUUUUUGUAUCUGAUUAUU